AUGGGCGACGAGUACGCGCGUUCCCCGUGCGAACGGUUCCCGGCGGGCGGCGCGUUCAGCGUGGCUCCACCGGAGAGGCUCAGCCCGCCGCCGCCCGCGCCGUUGCCGGACCGGUUUUCGGCGUCGCCGCGGCGGGUGCGCCGGAGUGCGGAAGCGGAGCGGGCACGGAGGCCCCGGUACGUGCCUCCGGCGGCCCACGUGCCCGUCGAGCGCUACGUGCCCCGGCCGCCAGCCCCAGUGCGGGCACCGCCGCCGGUGUAUUGUGGGUUAGCGUGUCGGGCACCGCCGCCUGCCAGCCGCAAGUGCUGUGGGCCGGCGUGUCGCGAAGAUUUGGGAAACUCGCCGCCACCGCGAUAUGUGGAGUACGUAGGAGCAGCGGCGGCGCGGCGGUUGGCCUGUACGCCGCCGCCGCCACCACCGCCUGCGCUACAGCUCUGUGAUCCACAGGAGCCUCCUUGUUGUGCACAAGCGAGGAGAAGAAAUCAAGCACACGACUGGUGA